CUGCUGAAUCCAUUAUAUGGACAUGACGGUUGCUUUGGCUUCUCGACAUGAGAGAAACAGAGAGAUGGAAAGAGGGAAGUAUAUUCCAUUGUUUGAAACAAAAGAAGCCAAGGGUAGAGUCUUUUACAGGCUCUUUGCUGUGACAGUGUUUCUUGGUAUAUGCUGCAUAUGGGCUUAUAGAAUUAGUAAGAUGCCAAGAAAGGGAGAAGAUGGAAGAUGGGUUUGGAUUGGGUUGCUAGGAGCUGAGUUAUGGUUCAGUCUUUACUGGGUCAUCACUCAAGCUGUCAGGUGGAAAUCAGUCUUCCGGUGCACCUUCAAGGACAGGCUCUCUCAGAGGUACAAGAAUGAGUUGCCUGAGGUAGAUAUAUUUGUAUGCACAGCAAAUUUCAAGAUAGAGCCACCAAUAAUGGUGGUUAAUACAGUAUUAUCGGUAAUGGCGUAUGAUUAUUUACCAGAAAAACUUAGUGUGUAUCUGUCGGACGAUGGUGGAUCAGACCUUACAUUUUAUGCUCUCUUAGAGGCCUCCAAGUUUGCAAAACAUUGGAUACCAUAUUGUAAGAAAUUCAAUGUGGAACCAAGGUCACCUGCUGCUUAUUUUGCUUCCAAAUCUAAUCUGGAUCAUUCUCAUCACAAUGAGGUUUGGGUUGAUAUUAAGAAAUUAUAUGAAGAAAUGGAAGACCGAAUUGAAAUUGCAACCAAGCUAGGUCGAAUCCCUGAAGAAGAACGCUUCAAACAUAGAGGAUUUUCACAGUGGGAUUCAUACUCUUCACAACUUGACCAUGACACUAUUCUUCAAAUCUUGAUAGAUGGGAAAGAUCCAAAUGCCAAAGAUAUUGAUGGGUGUGCUUUGCCUGGUCUAGUAUACCUUGCUAGAGAGAAGAGACCCCAACAUCCACACCAUUUCAAAGCUGGGGCUAUGAAUGCCUUGAUUAGAGUGUCAUCAAAGAUCAGCAAUGGACCGAUUAUUCUCAAUCUAGAUUGUGAUAUGUACUCAAAUAAUUCAUUAUCUAUCCAGGAUGCACUCUGCUUCUUCAUGGAUAAAGAGAAAAGCCAUGACAUUGCUUUUGUGCAAUAUCCACAGCACUUUGGAAAUCUUACGAAGAAUGAUAUAUAUAGCAACUCAUUACGAGUUGGUUUCAAUGUGGAAUUCCAUGGUUUGGAUGGUUAUGAAGGCCCUCUAUACAUUGGAACUGGCUGCUUUCAUAGGAGAGAUGCUCUCUGUGGAAGGAAAUUCACUAAAGAUUGCAAGUUUGAAUGGAAGAAAGAUGAUGAUCAUAAGACACCAAAGAGUAUACUGGAAUUAGAAGAAGAAACAAAACCUCUUGCAAGCUAUACUUACGAGGAAAACACUCAAUGGGGAAAAGAGAUGGGGCUAAGAUACGGGUGUCCGGUCGAAGACGUUAUUACUGGGUUGUCAAUCCAAUGCAGAGGAUGGAAGUCAGUGUAUUUCAAUCCAGAAAGGAAGGCAUUCAUAGGUAUUGCACCAACUACCUUGCCUCAGACACUGGUGCAGCAAAGGAGAUGGGCUGAAGGUGAUUUCCAGAUUUUGUUCUGUAAGUAUAGCCCUUUAUGGUAUGCCCAUGGAAAGAUUAGCCUUGGCCUACAAUUUGGGUAUUGCUUAUAUUGUCUCUGGGCUCCAAUCAGCUUGCCAGUAUUAUAUUACGCUAUCAUCCCUUCUUUUUAUCUCCUUAAAGGCAUAUCGUUGUUCCCACAGGUCUCAAGCCCAUGGUUCCUACCUUUUGCUUAUGUAAUAUCUACUCAAUAUAUUUAUAACCUAGCUGAAUUCCUGUGGUCUGGGGGCACAAUACUUGGCUGGUGGUAUGAACAGCGAAUGUGGUUAUAUAAAAGAACAAGCUCCUACUUCUUUGCCUUCAUUGACACCAUUUUAAAGAUGGUAGGAUUCACUGAUUCAACAUUUGUAGUCACUGCAAAAUUUAUCGAUGAAGAUGUGUUGAAAAGGUAUGAGAAAGAGAUAAUGGAAUUUGGAGAUUCCUCUCCAAUGCUCACCAUCUUAGCAACACUUGCAAUGCUCAACCUGUUCUGCUUUGUUGGAGUUGUGAAUAAGGUGAUCAUGAAUGGCAGUAUUUUUAGGCUUUGCAAGACUAUGCCUUUGCAAACUCUUCUUUGUAGUGCUUUGGUUCUUAUUAACUUGCCUUUGUAUCAAGGCCUUUUCCUAAGGAAUGAUAAGGGCAAGUUACCAAGUUCUCUAGCUCUCAAAUCAUUUGUUGUAGCUCUUCUUGCUUGUACUAGCUUCACUCUUCUCUGUUGAUUCUUCCUUUUGGCUAUUUACGUGUACAUGUAUCCAAUCCUUUUAACCUCGCUUGUAAGCUUAGCAAAACAUAGCCACUCCUAAGCCCAGGACAUACAUUUAUCCAGGCCUUUUAGCUUUGUCCGUAAGUUUGGAAUUAAGACUUUGUUGUUGUAUAUAUGUAUCCGAGCCUUUUUUGAAGACUGUACAUUUACUGAGAUAUGUAUGUUUUCUAUUUUCUACUUCUGGAGAUAGUAAAUAUAAGUUGGGCUUCUGUAAA